AUGCAAGCAAUCAUGCCGAGGCCGAUCGGCAAGGUGCAGGGUAUCCGCGGCUACAACACGCGCCGGGCUUGCAUUUGCCUCGCUGCUGGGGACUCCCACAAAUGCCGUUUCAAGAUCCCCGUCAAGGUCAAUUUCGGACAAUCCGUCCGCAUCGUGGGGAACUGCCGAGAGCUCGGUUCGUGGGACAUUGACAAGGCCGCGCGUCUGAAGUGGACUGAUGGGGAUCACUGGACUGCGCAGGUGGAGCUCCCCGCGGGCGCGGACGUCGCGUACAAGUAUGUCGUCACGACCGAAGCUGGCGAGGUGGUCAAGUGGAUGAAGGGCGACAACAUCAAGAUCAAAGUCAGCGGCGACAUGGCGGUGGAGGACACCAUGGAAGGCGGCCACCACGUCCUCGGGCCUGCGGAGGAGUCCCCUGCAAAGAGCGACAGCAAGGGCGCCGACCGCGCGCCGUCACCUGCCGGCAAGUCGGCUGACCCACCAGCCCCCAAGGCACAGCAGGAGGAGAAGACCGAGGUGGCCGGCGAGGCUCGCGAGGAGGAGAGCGUCUCGACUGCGGCGCCGCCCGCCGCCGCGGAGCCGGCCGCCGCCGCGGAGCCACCCGCCGCCGCGGAGCCGCCCGCCGCCGCGGAGCCGCCCGCCGCCGCGGAGCCGCCCGCCGCUGCGGAGCCACCCGCGGCUGCGGUGUCGCCUGCGGAGCAGCAGGAGAAGGCCCCCGAGGGCGAGGUAUCUGAGGAGGUUGCGGCGCUGGUGGCGGCUAUCCUUGAGGACGCAAGAGUGGUGGACCUGCGAGGCGCUGCGAAGAAAUUGGGGAUGAAGGGCUACUCUCGCCUGAAGAAAGCCGAACUCAUUGAAGCGCUGUCCAAGUUCGCUCCAGACGAGAUCGCCAACGCGCUGCCCCCGGCCCCCUGA